CCCGGGGCUGGCGCUGCCGCCGGCGGCACCCCCCUGCCGGGGCGGGCUGCGGGACGGGCGGUCCCCCCGCGGGGAGGUGACGGGGGGAGCUCCGGCAGCUCCUGGGGCGGUGGGGCUGGGGCGGCGGCGAGACACCCCUGCGGGCGGCGCGGGCCGCGAUGCGGCCCUGACGCCUGGGUUCCCGCCGCUCUGCGGCGGCGGAAAAUUAAGAUUAUGAGAGCGCAGAAAUGUCACCCUUCGAAAAUAAAGGACUGAUACUGGGCAUAAUGGCAGGGACUGCUGGAAUAAGCCUGAUGCUGAUUUGGUACCGUAAGAUCCGAAAACCCGGUGCAGCUGUGCGUAUACCUGCAUUCAUAGAUGUAGGUAACAGGCUUAAUUCUGUGGGCUUGCAAAAUGAAGCUCCUAAUGAGCAAGGAGCAGUAAUGGUUUUGCAUGGAAGGCAACUGCAGAUACUAGAAAAAUUGAAUGGCUUGCUACUAAGUGUGGACGAACUGAAGAGAGAGGUGAAAUUUCUGAAAGAAGCUAUUCCAAAGCUUGAAGAGCUUGUUCGAAAUGAGCUUCAAGGGAAGGGAGAUGUUCAGAGAAUUAGCCCAUCACACAGAGCAACGAAGCGGAGAAAAGCUGAGACAGCUUCUGGUGCAACAGAAACUACCAGCUCUGAGGAGGCCGAAAGUGAAGGAGGUUAUCUUACAGCUCAUACUGAUUCUGAAGGAGACUCUGAGGAAGAAAAGGGAUGUAUGAAAUCACCCGAUACCAUUGUGAAAUCAGCAGCAGAAGAAGAGUUAUUUAAUCUUUUACAGAAGGUGGACAAUUUGCACAAGGGUUCAGAGGAUGAUAAAAGGGAGGGCUUCAGACUGCUGCUUGAGAAAGAUGAUGAGUAUGAAAACUGUGUGGACUUUCUUUGGAGAGUUGCACGUGCUUAUGGAGAUCUAUUUGAGCUGACUACUGAUGCUGAGGAGAAGAGGAAAUACGUUACUGAUGGAAAGAUUAAAGCUGAAAAAGCUGUUCAGCUGGAUGCCAGGAGUGCUGAAAGCCAUCAGUGGUUUGCAAUUAUGUGUGGCUAUAUGUCUCAGUUUGAAAGUGUACAAAACAAAAUCAGGAAUGGUUAUCUCUUUAAGGAGCACCUAGACAAAGCAAUUGAACUUAAGCCUCAAGAUCCUUUUUUAUAUUACCUAAAUGGAAGAUGGUGCUAUUCAGUAGCUCAGUUGUCUUGGAUUGAAAAGAAAGUAGCUGCUGCUCUCUUUGGGACUCCACCAACUUCAACAGUAGAAGAAGCAUUGCAGAAUUUCCUUAAGGCAGAAGAAAUGCAUCCAGGAUAUUCCAAAUAUAAUUAUGUGUAUUUGGCAAAGUGCUAUAAAGAUCUUGGCCAGAAAAACAAUGCACUGAAGUACUGUGAUUCUGCACUGUCAAUUCUCUCAGUUACUAAUGAGGACAAAGAGGCCCAGAAAGAGCUGGAGGCUUUACUUCUCACACUGAAGCUGUGAUACUACACACUUUUUAACUCUUCACGCUGUGAUGGAAUUGCAAAACUUAAGUGAGACUCUCUAGUGACUGGGAACUGCGGGUAAAUUCCAGCUAAGUCAAUGGGAAAACUGUCAUUGAUUUUGGUUGGCUUGGAUCAUGGCCUUUAAGCAUCUGGCAAUUAUGAUAUGAAAAUGGUGCAUUCAUUUUUGACUACUUAUAAUCUUGUACUGAGGUUUAAUUUUAGAUUGCUGACACUGUGAGUCUGAUUCUCUGAGCAUGAAGUCCACUGCUGGCAAUGGACAUACUGGGUGUUAGAAUGCAAAAUGUAUAAAUCUCACUCUUUGAAAGAUUAAUCAACUAGUAUGUGAUGCCAGCAUAGCACUGUGUGUAGCAAAAACAGACAAACAAAAUAUUUCUAUAGUAAAUUAUAUUUAUAUCAAAUAAUUUACACAGAUGUGUACAAAAGAAAAUCAUGAAUGUUUAUGUUUACGCAUUUCUCUACUCUUAUAAAAUUAGAAUCUUGUUGAAGUUAAAGAAAAAGCUGUUGCCUCCACAAAGCUCUUUUUACUUUAAACCUACUGUUGGUUUUACAUGGAAAUGUGAAAA